AUGAAGUUGUUUGAUCCAAGUCAAGAGUUACUUUACUUUUUUGAAGAUUUGAGUCGUCAGCAAGCUAACGAACUGCUUAAACUUGGAGAAGUCGGGUCGUUCCUUGUCAGAACAUCGACAUCUGAUCCUUCGAAUCUUUCUCUGAGUUUGAGGUAAAUUAUUUUAUUAAUUAAAUUUUGGUUUUAGGGUUUCUUAUGAUGAAGAUAACUAUGCACGACAUUACUUCAUUGAAAAAGGUCACAACGAUGCUGGGAAACCGAUUGUAACGGUAAGUUUAGUCUUACUGGGUAUUGUUGAAAGCUAGGUUUUAAACGUUGUUAUCAAUCACAUUGGAAGCUGUUUUUAGUUAAACGGACAAACCUUUUAUGAUCUGCCUGAUCUUAUCACGCAUUUUACGGAACAUCCACUAGGACAGACAGUCUUAGUCAAACCAGUCACAAGAAACGUCAUUUGUCAGGUCUGCAAGUUAUGAUUUUAUUAGUUUGUAGUAUAGAAAUUGCUUUAUUAAAGCAAAAAUUCCAUAUUCGCAUUAAAAUUGCAAUUUUAGGUAACAGGGAAGUUCCGCUUUGCUGGAGAGCGAAUAACUGAUCUUCCGUUUGAUGUUGGAGAGACAAUCGAUGUCAUUUCAAAGCCUGAGGAAAAUUGGUGGGUGGCCAAGAACAAGUUGGGUGAUGUGGGGUUGAUUCCAGUGCCUUAUGUAAAUAUUGUAUAACAAAAUAUUGUCUUUUGAUAAAUACAUGUAAAUAAAGUUGUUAUAAAGUUUUUUUUGUUUCUUUGAAUCUGUAUUUUAUAUAUCUGUUAAUAUCUUUAUUUUUGGUUAUUUCUGUUUCUUUAUAGUAUUUAUUUCAAGGUUAUCGAUAUUGAAUUUCAGUUUUAUUAUAUAUGUUUCAAAAUUAAAGGCCGAUGAUAAACUUUACAUUAAUAUCAGAAAACGUGAUAAAAGUGGAUGAAGUUCUAGAGGGAUGUAAAUGUAUAGGUCCUUGUUCUGUUUCCACUAAUUGUAGUUGUUUAGUCUACAACCAAGUAAGGACUCUUUUAAAAUUAAUAUGAACUUUUGAUGUAUACAACAAUACGUUACUAAAAAGGUCUAUAACGAUUUGAUCAUUGAUCAUACUCUAAUCUGUUAUAGGACAAUUACAAUAACAAAAAGCUGGUUCAUUCCUUUGACUCUAACCUACCAAUCUUUGAAUGUCACGACGACUGCACUUGUUCUAAAGAAUGUUUAAAUAGAUUGGUCGGAAAUGAUACUACCAAGAAGUUAGAGCCAUUUUAUGAUGAAAACAAAGGCUAUGGGUUAAAGACUGUGGAUAUUAUACAAGAGAAAGUAUUUGUCAUAGAAUACAAAGGAGAAAUAGUAACUGAAGAUGAAGCUAAAACAAGGUCAGAGAAGUAUAAGAGGGACGGAAGGGAACACAACUUUAUAUUCACUGUAAAGGAACACUUUUCAGGUAAGGUUUUUAACGCUUUGUGAUAAUAAAAAUAUUUUAAUCAAUCAUAAAUUAUUAUAGCUUAUAAAACUUUUAAUUUCAGGGGAAGUAAGGUAUACCUACAUAGACGCUACUAUGUUUGGUGGUAUGGCUAGGUUUAUAAACCACUCAUGUGAACCCAAUCUAACACCUGUUAUUGUACGAUGUGGCUCUGUUACACCUAGACUAGCCCUUUUUGCUAAUAAAGCCAUUUCUAAAGGUAUUUUUAAUUAUCAUUGUACAUCAUGUAAUCAAAACCACUAUAUAGUUUAUCUCCUUUUUACAAAUAAUGACGUUUUUUAUUAAUCGUUAAAUUUAUGUCCUUACUUAACGUGUUAUGAUUGUUUUAUGCGUAGUUAACAUGAUAUAUGCAUGUCUAGUUAAUGUUUCAAACAAGUCUUUUUCCAGAUACAGAGCUAUGUUACGACUACGGAUUACUGGAAGAAGACAAUAAUGUGAAGAAGAAAUGUCAUUGCGGAGCUGAAAAGUGUCGCGGAUUCUUGCCAUCUGGAAGUUAUGGGUCGUAA